UAACCUACCCAUUUCAGUUAUAAUAAGAUGGUAGAGGUAAAGUAAUCUAAGAUUGAAAGUGGAAAAAUUUAGAACUUUACGCACUAGGAAGAAGAUAUAUAAAGCGAAUUUAUUAUUUGGAGUUAUCAGUUUCCGCCUUUGGAAAUUUGUGAUGAAGUUUUUUCAAACGAUUGAAAUAAAAAUGGACAAUAGCGAACGUUUUUAAUGAUACUGUACAAGGGUUUUUGAAAAGAAGUUCGGCAUAUGGAAGCGGAAGGGCUGGGUUUAAUACUAAUUCGUAUCGACAGCUGUUCUAAAUGUAUUAAAUGGGACUUGAAUGUUAAUGACUUUUGUGCUCUACAAUUGGUUUCCAAUUGUGUGAUUCAGCUGGAAACUACGAAAUGGCUUGUGGGAAUACACGUCGGAGAAAACAUUGAAGAGGUAUGCCCCGCCCUAUAGGAGAUGCCCCCGGAUCGGGUGGGAGCUUUAUCAGUAAACCAGCCCGCGGGUGGCUCCAUCCUGAUCAACUCAUAACUAAAGAAGGAAUUACUUAUGCAGUGAGGUACAUUGGAUGUUUGGACGUUAACACAUCCAUGAAGAGUCUGGACUUUGACACACGAUCUCAAGUAGCCAAGGAGUGCAUCAACAGAGUAUGUGAGGCCGCUGGACUUAAAACUGCUGAUAAAAAGAGGAAGGCAGAGAAGCGUGUUCAGCGCGCUAUUGGGGAACAUCCUAUUAUGGAGCAUGCAGGUGCAAAUGUGAAUCUAACCAUCUCGAGCUGUGGUCUCGUGCUGACAGCAUUGGAGUCGGGGCGUAUCAUAGCACGGCAUGACAUGCCCCGCAUUUCAUUUGCUUCAGGUGGUGACACUGACACUUUGGACUUUGUUGCAUAUGUUGCGAAAGAUUUGCGUGACUGGCGGGCCUGCUAUGUGUUGGAGUGUGGAGGAGGGUUGGCGCAAGAUGUGAUAACGAGUAUCGGACAAGCUUUUGAGCUCCGGUUUAAGGAGUUCCUCACCAUGCCUUCAAACCAGUGCGUUUUGAACGGCACUGACCGUGACUACUACAACGACUUGCCGGGUAAGAUUCCCCCUGAAGCUGGUCCACCUCCAGUUCCUCCCCUGCCAAACCUUCACCCUCCUGCAACUCUUGCCUCUGCCAUUUCCGGAGCCGCGGCCACCGCGUCGUGCCCGGCUGGCAGCGAGACUGCUCGACGUGAACAUCAGCACUCUGUAGUGCAGCGAGCACAGAGUGACAGAUCUGCUGGCGGCUCUUGUAGAGAUGGUGUUACAAGCAAUUUGAUUGACUUGAACUGUGAAGUUGCUCCGCCUCCAAUGCCUUUGCCAAGAAGGGAGCACGACUAUGUUAACGACAUGGUGGUUAGCAGCAGUCGAGAUGUUUUUGACAUGCAGCCAUUCAGUGCUGCUGUGCCGACUGAUAUUCUGGCUCCUGCUUCCCAGAGGGUGCAACUGCAACGAGAAGUUUGGUUCCAUGGUCCUGUGAGUCGGCAGGAGGCCGAAACACUCCUUACGCGGGAUGGGGAUUUUCUCGUACGAGAAUCUCAGGGUUCUCCUGGUCAAUACGUGUUGACAGGGAUGCAAGGAGGGAUCAAGAAACAUCUUCUGUUGGUAGACCCAGAAGGAGUGGUGAGGACAAAGGAUCGCAUGUUUGAAAGUGUGAGUCACCUUAUCAAUUAUCACUGUGAGAACGAGCUUCCCAUUAUAUCUGCGGAGAGUGCACUGGUCCUGCGUCGACCCGUUCACAGGAAUCGCCAGCCAUAAAAGCGUAAGCUGGGCCCUAGAGCAGAGUUCUGAAACCGUGGGGACUAAGCCUUUCGGCAGAAAAACUGAUAGAUCUACAUAGUUGCAUCUAUCAUCAUUCUGGCUCUGUGUAAACCUUUUAUUCCAUUGCAUUCCACCUUCCUUUGUCUACAAGAUAAGCCAUCUAGCUAGUUAGUUGUUGGAAAGUUAAAGGAGGAGGAUACUUGUCUGUUCAUGUUUUCCGAUGUCUAGUGUAAAGUUUGAGAAAACCUGCUCUAGGGUGUCUAUCAUAAUGUCGAUUGAUGGAAAUAUUGGAUUUUGUCAGGGUGAAGAGCAAGUUCCUUUGUAUGAGGUGACCCUCACUGGGGAUUUCCACACAAUGUGGCUGACUCCCGUACUAUGUGCAACAGUUCGUAGAGAGUUCAACAGAUGUCAUCAUCCUACACUCUGUCUUGCAUUUAGCAUAGCUUUAUUUCUUAUGGCCUCUUGUGUGUAGUUUUGGGAAUUUACAUAGUAAUUGAUCUGAAUUGACGGAAGAAGAUAAUGCUCUUUAAUUUUGUAUAUGUGCUUACAUCAGUGAAUUUGUAUGUAUUUCCUUGACUGUUCCUGAGUUGAAUUAGCCGGAUGUACCUCCACAUGCCUCCUACUAUUUAAUGUAUUUUG